UAUAGCUUCCUUUCAUUUUUAAAAACCUUUUAUUUUGAAAUCGACGACCCGGAAUCAUUUUCACGCUUUUCUUCUUCUUCCCUUUUUUUCUGGUAUCCUGCUGUCUGAACAAUGGCUCAGGCAGUACAGAAACUCGUUGCAAAAGUGCCCACUUUAAUCGGGGCCGCAGUCACAUACUCCAAACCCCGACUAGCGACCUUCUGGCACUAUGCCCGGGUGGAGCUGGUCCCACCGUCUCCGGCUGAGAUCCCCAAAGCCAUAGAGGCCGCUUCAGGACUCAUCAAGAGCUACCAGUCAGGACGCGUGGGACAAACCACAGUCAGGGAUGCCUUAAGGAAUGGACUCGUUGCCACAGAGGUGCUGAUGUGGUUCUACAUUGGAGAGUGCAUUGGCAAAGGAGGCAUUAUUGGAUAUGACGUCUAAAUGUUGGACAGUUCUUUCUCCCUCUGCACUUAUUCAUCACAUUCUCAACAACCUGCACCAAAUUUUCAAAUAAACAGAUGUUUAUAUUCAGAAAUAUA